AUGGGGUCGAGAAGCAGGGCGAUCAGUAGGUUUGAGUUUGAGGAUGAGCGCGGACGAGGGUUUUUCAAGCGCGGGGUACGGUCUGGUCGUUCCCGGAGGAAGACUGACCGGUUUGACGAGGGGAGGCGUGCUGGAGCGGAGGACCUGGAGGAGGAACUGAAGGAUUACGUGUCCUCUGGGGCCAACAAUAACAGGUGCGGUGAGUGUGGGAGCACUUUCCCUACGUGGUGUUCGGUGAACCUUGGGGUUUUCCUGUGUGGACGGUGCGCUUCUGUGCACAGGAAGAUGCUCAACGGGAGGAGCGAUGCUGCGUUCUCCGAGGUGAAGUCCCUGAGUCUGGACCGGUGGAAUGCUAGCGAACUGGAUGAGGUGAUUGCAUUGGGUGGGAACAAGGGGAACAAGAGUUUCUGGAACCCGAGGGGCGAACCCUUCCCCUUCGACGGCGACGAAGACAAGACCCGUGUCGAGGACUACAUCCACCAGAAGUACAUCUCAGGGUCCUUCCGUUACGACGAGGUGAAACCAGAGGAUUUUGGCGUGUCACCAAACCCAACGCGUGAGCCCACACGCAGCAGAGACAACUACGGGUCACCACCGUCGUCGCGGCAGCGAGCACCAGCACGAGCACCAUCACCCAGGAGGGAGUCCGCACAGAUGGAGCCGGUACCAUCGCUUCCUCGGCGGAAAUCGAACGCACCGAAACCAGCAGUCUUUGACGGUAGCGACGGCAACGCUAUACAGCAGCAGCCGGCGAUGCCAGUGCUCGACGGCGGGGUCCAACAGUACUUGGACCCAGCAACGGGCACGGUAUACGUGAACCAGACGCAGUACAUGCAAGCGCUACAACAGCAACAACAACAGCAGAUGCUGCUACUACAACAGCAACAACAGGGUAUACCCGCGGUGCAGACGCAACCGCAGAUGACACAGGGUUUCGUACAGCCGUCGUUGCAAUACCAGCAGCAGCUACAGUACCAGCAGCAACAGCAGCAGCAGUACCCACAGCAGUACCAACAGAACCAAUACUACUAA